AUGAGCGAGUUCGCGACCAACGGCCCUGCCGCGUCCAAAUUCGUCUUUCUCAAGGAUAUCGCUUCUCUGCCGCCUAAUACCAAGGUGAGAUUGAUAGGCUGCAUUGUCGACUAUGACAUAGCCAGAGGCCAAAUCGUGCUCGAGCACGCGUAUCCCAAGAACAUCCAACCUAUUUCUCGUGUGUUGGUCGACAUCGAUCUUGUCCUUGAAACCACCGAGCCGUCUACUCUCAUAACAGGCAGCUGGAUCAAUGUCAUCGGCUACACGCGACGUACCCGGCUAAACAUUCGGAAGAGCAAGGCACAAUUGCGGCAACCAGUGAACGAGUCUAGUUCUUUGCAGGCAGUUCUGAUCUGGACCGCUGGGGCACUCAAAAUAACCGACUACGAGAUCACACUUGAGGAGCAGCGGUCUGCUCAGAAGAAGUUGAGAUGA